GGACCGCGGUGCCCGGAAGCGGCGGUAGCCCUGUCAGUCCGCGGCCGCGGCGGCUCCACCUGCCCUUGCCCGCGGCAGCCCGGGGUGCCAGGCGCAGCAGCCGAGCCCCGGCCGGUGGCCGCGGUGCGUGCGGCUCCUCCGGCCCCUCCCGGCCGUUAGGAUGUGGCGGACGCGGGCGACGGCGGCUUGUGUCAUCUGCCGGAGUCUCGCAAAUAGCAGCUAUGGAAUGAAAAGAAAAUCGCCACUUCAAAACUUGCAUCUUGUUUCCCGAAGUAUACAUCGUCCCUACUACCCAAGUUCAAAAUUUCAAAGACCUCCAUUAAGGAUAUCCAUUCAGCUGUUCUCUUCUCUUAAUCGUCUUCCCCUACGCAAAACAAAACUUUUAAAUGUAAAAUAUGGAUACCAAUCCCACAGGAACUUUUGGCUAGCUAGACUAGCAUCAAGGCUUCUCAAACUUCGCUAUCUUAUAUUAGGAUCUGCUGUAGGUGGUGGCUAUACAGCUAAGAAGACAUAUGAUCAGUGGAAGGACAUGAUGCCAGAUCUCGAUGAAUAUAAGUGGAUUGUUCCUGACUUCAUUUGGGAGCUUGAUGAACAUAUUGAUUUCGAAAAACUUAUCAAAGCCCUUCCUGAUGCAGAUGACCUUGCCAAACUUCUGCCUGACUUUGACAAGAUUGGAGAGAGCUUCACUUCACUGAAAGGAUUUUUUUCUCCUGGUUACAAUUUGGUUAGUGAAGUCAUAGGAGCUUCUGAUCUACUUCUGUUGUUAGGUUCUCCAGGAGAAACAGCAUUCAGAGCUACUGACCAGGGAUAUGACAAUGACAAACAGUACAAGAAGGGCCUGCUUGGUGAACUCAUUCUGUUACAACAACAAAUCCAGCAGCAUGAAGAGGAAGCACGCAGAGCCGCGGGCCAAUAUAACAUGGGCUCUUCCCAGCAGAAGCGAAAGGUUUCUGACAAAGAGAAGAUUGAUCAACUUCAAGAAGAACUUUUACGCACUCAGCUCAAAUACCAAAGAAUGCUUGAGCGAUUAGAGAAGGAGAACAAAGAAUUAAGAAAAUUGGUACUGCAAAGAGAUGACAAGGGAAUUCAUCAGAGGAAGUUAAAGAAAUCCUUGAUUGAUAUGUAUUCUGAGGUACUUGACAUCCUGUCUGAUUAUGAUGCCAGUUAUAACACUCAAGAUCACCUACCUCGAGUGGUGGUGGUUGGAGAUCAAAGUGCAGGAAAAACCAGCGUGUUAGAAAUGAUCGCCCAAGCCCGCAUAUUCCCUCGAGGGUCUGGGGAGAUGAUGACACGUUCCCCUGUCAAGGUAACUCUCAGUGAAGGUCCCCACCAUGUGGCUUUAUUCAAAGACAGCUCUCGGGAGUUUGAUCUGACCAAGGAAGAGGAUCUUGCAGCUUUGAGAAAUGAAAUAGAAAUCAGAAUGAGAAAUAGUGUGAAGGAAGGGUGCACUGUUAGCACUGAGACAAUCUCCUUAAGUGUGAAAGGUCCUGGUUUGCAGAGAAUGGUAUUGGUUGAUUUACCUGGAGUCAUUAGUACUGUGACAUCAGGUAUGGCUCCAGAUACGAAAGAAACUAUCUUUAGCAUCAGCAAGGCCUACAUGCAGAAUCCUAAUGCCAUCAUCCUUUGCAUUCAAGAUGGAUCAGUGGAUGCAGAACGCAGUAUUGUCACAGACUUAGUCAGCCAAAUGGAUCCCCAAGGAAAAAGGACGAUUUUUGUGUUGACUAAAGUUGAUCUUGCCGAGAAAAACGUGGCUAGCCCAAGCAGGAUCCAGCAAAUAAUUGAAGGCAAACUCUUCCCAAUGAAGGCUUUGGGUUAUUUUGCAGUUGUUACUGGAAAAGGAAACAGCAGUGAAAGCAUUGAAUCUAUUAAAGAAUAUGAAGAGGAAUUUUUUCAAAAUUCAAAGCUGUUAAAGACAUGUAUGCUGAAGGCACACCAGGUAACAACAAAGAACUUAAGUCUUGCUGUGUCAGAUUGCUUUUGGAAAAUGGUGAGAGAGUCUGUGGAGCAGCAAGCAGAUGCUUUUAAAGCCACACGUUUCAAUCUCGAGACUGAAUGGAAGAACAAUUACCCCCGGUUGCGAGAGCUUGACAGGAAUGAACUGUUUGAAAAAGCAAAGAAUGAGAUUCUUGAUGAAGUGAUAAGUUUGACUCAGGUCACACCAAAGCACUGGGAGGAGAUUCUUCAGAAAACUUUAUGGGAGAGGGUAUCUACUCACGUGAUUGAGAAUAUCUACCUUCCAGCAGCACAGACUAUGAACUCAGGGACAUUUAACACCACUGUGGACAUCAAACUGAAGCAGUGGACUGACAAGCAACUGCCUAAUAAAGCAGUAGAGGUGGCAUGGGAGACUUUGCAAGAAGAAUUUUCCCGUUUCAUGACAGAACAAAAAGGAAAAGAGCAUGAUGAUAUCUUUGAUAAACUGAAACAAGCUGUCAAAGAAGAAAGUAUUAAACGACAUAAAUGGAAUGAGAGAGCGGAGGAUAGCCUGCGAGUGAUCCAGCACAAUGCCUUAGAAGAUCGGUCAAUAUCUGAUAAACAGCAGUGGGAUGCAGCUAUUCAUUUUAUGGAAGAGACACUCCAAAGUCGUCUCAAAGACACUGAGUCUGUUAUUGAAGAUAUGGUGGGUCCAGACUGGAAAAAACGGUGGUUAUACUGGAUAGGCCGCACCAAAGAACAGAAUGUUCGUAAUGAAACAAAAAAUGAACUUGAGAAAUUAAUCAAAUGUAAUGAAGAACAUGCAGCUUAUCUGGCAAAUGAUGAAGUGACGACUGUCAGAAAGAAUCUUGAAGCAAGAGGAAUAACAGUGGACCCAUGUCUGAUUAAAGACACAUGGCACCAAAUUUAUAGAAGAUAUUUCCUGAAGACUGCUUUGAACCACUGCAAUCUAUGUCGAAGAGGCUUCUAUUAUUAUCAGAGGCAUUUUGUGGACUCGGAGCUUGAAUGUAAUGAUAUUGUCCUCUUCUGGCGGAUACAGCGAAUGCUGGCAAUUACAGCAAAUACGUUGAGACAGCAGCUUACUAACACUGAAGUAAGACGCUUGGAGAAGAAUGUAAAGGAAGUGCUUGAAGAUUUUGCAGAGGACAAUGAAAAAAAGGUGAAGCUCCUAACUGGCAAGAGAGUCCAGCUUGCAGAGGAUCUCAAAAAAGUUCGGGAAAUCCAGGAAAAACUUGAAGCCUUCAUAGAAGCCCUCCAUCAAGAAAAAUAGAUUGUUCAAGCAGCAACUUUACACAAGAAUGCAGCCUUUUCCAGGAUACCUUGCACAAAGAAGACUGAAUAGAAAUGGCUUUUGUGUCCCAUUCUCUUUCCUAUUUUUUGGGGAGCAUCCUGAAAUGUUGGAGGAAAAAGAAAAUAAUGUCUCAUGGGAUUGAGAAAUUCAGUUAAAAUCUACCUGCUCAUGUAAUUUUUGAAGCUACAUGCACAUGACAGAAGAAUCUGACUUGUGUGUCAAUGGGAUAGCUUGGGAGCUUGCUGAAGUUGUACAUUUAAGUUGGGUUUUUUUCCUGAAAGGAAAAAAAGCUUUUAUUUUUGGCAUCUGUCUUGUAUGGUAGAGCUGGAUCAUAUUCAUAAAAUGAUUUUAUCUGUUGUCAUUUUCUUGCCUGCAAAUGAUCCUGGGAGUUUGACAUAAAGUUUUAGUAUUUGUAUGUACAUUAAAACACCCUUCUAAGUAACGC